AUGUCGAUCUGGGAUGCGCUCACCGGACGGAAGUCCUCGUCAUCUUCCCAGCAGCAGCAGUCCUCCUCGAGUCCGGCGCCCACCUCCACUCCAACCGACACCUUUACGCCUACACCCUUCGACCCCUCUGAAGCCCAGGGUGUCGAUGCCUUCCUGAAGAGCUCCGCUUUUGCCGACCCGUCACAGCUACAUCCCCUAGCCGGCCUGAACAAGGAGGGCUUGGAGUACUUAAGUCUCGAGGACUCGGCUCUCUCCGACCUCCCAGGAGCUCAAGCCAUCCCGUCUCGUGGCUUUAGUGACGACCUAUGUUACGGAACCGGUAUCACAUAUCUAUCGGCUCUUUCGGUAGGAGGCGCAUGGGGAUUACAAGAAGGCCUGAGGAGAUCUGCGGGUCAACCGCCCAAGCUGCGGCUGAACUCGGUGCUCAACGCUGUGACGCGGCGAGGGCCCUUCCUCGGUAACUCGGCUGGUGUCGUUGCUAUCACCUACAACUGCCUCAACUCGUUUAUUGGCUACAUCAGAGGAAGACACGACUCGGCCAAUACCAUCAUUGCAGGGGGGCUGAGUGGCAUGGUAUUUAAGAGCACAAGGGGACUCCGGCCGAUGCUGAUAUCAGGAGGCAUUGUUGCUUCUAUGGCCGGGGCGUGGGCGGUGACGAAAAAGGUUAUCAUCGGAUCAGCGACACCGCAGGGACAUGAGCACCAGCACAUCUAG